CGGAAACAGGAAGAGAAUGAAUGAAACAAGGUUGAUAUGUAAUCACUAACACCGUGCAGCUGGUCCGAGGUCACAAAGCCCCACUUGGGUCCCAAAAUGAGGAGGCUUGGACUGUGUCUUCUCCGCCAUAUGUCCAGUGGCUCAAUUGCUGUCCCCCCAGUCACAAGAACAUGCUGCCUUCAUCGAGGUGGAUUUACAGCUUCCCCCCAGUGCUACAGGGGCACCGUGCCGGGUCACAGCUGGCACCACUGGAGGGGUGUGAGUGGCUCCGCUGGCAGCCGGCAGAUGCACCCACAGGACCUGAGCGGGCCGGAGCAGAGGCUGCUGCACAAGCUGUAUGAGGGGCUGAUCUCAGGACAGCGGGCGUCUCUGGCCGAGUCCAUCACCCUGGUGGAGACCCAGCAUCCCAGAAAGAAAGAGCUGGCCCAGGUGCUGCUGCAGAGGGUGCUGGCGUACAGAAGGGAGCAGGAGAGUCGGAAUGGAGGGAAGCCGAUGGCCUUCAGAGUGGGUCUAUCUGGUCCUCCUGGAGCUGGGAAGUCAUCCUUCAUCGAGGUUGUGGGAAAGAUGUUGACAGAGCGUGGGCAUAAAUUGGCGGUUCUGGCUGUCGACCCAUCUUCCUGCACCACAGGAGGGUCUCUGCUGGGCGAUAAAACCCGGAUGACUGAGCUCUCGAGAGACAUGAAUGCUUUCAUCAGGCCGUCACCGGCCUCGGGAACUCUGGGCGGUGUCACCCGAACAACCAAUGAGGCCAUCGUCCUCUGUGAGGGGGCAGGAUAUGACAUUGUGUUUGUGGAGACUGUCGGUGUUGGCCAGUCAGAAUUUGCUGUGGCAGACAUGGUUGACAUGUUUGUGCUCCUGAUUCCACCAGCAGGUGGCGAUGAACUCCAGGGUAUCAAAAGGGGCAUCAUCGAAAGGGCAGAACUGGUGGUGGUGACCAAAUCAGAUGGAGACCUGGUGGUGCCGGCCAGGAGGAUCCAGGCUGAGUACACCAGCGCGCUGAAGCUGCUGAGGAGGACGUCAAAGUCCUGGAACCCUAAGGUGGUGCGGGCCUCCUCGCAAACCUUUGAGGGCAUCCCAGAGGUCUGGGCUAAGAUGGAGUCGUACAGGGACACCAUGCUGGCCAGCGGCGAACUGCAGGGCCGGCGAAGGGCCCAGCAGAGGGUCUGGAUGUGGAGUCUGAUCCAAGAGAGCGUCCUCCGCCACUUCCAAACCCACCUGAGUGUCAGGGAGGCUCUUCCUCGCCUUGAAGAGAAGGUCACCAGAGGAGUCAUCUCUCCCGGACUGGCCGCUGACCUGCUUCUCAAAGCCUUCACCGCAUCGUCGACGUGAUCGCUGAAGCUGCACGUUUUGGAGGAGCAGUGCCUCGCGGCGGACACGGGCCGCCGAGUGCCAACACACCCAGGACCAGACAUGAGACCAAAACAAAGCUGUACUAGUCUGUUUUAUAGUCGGACAAAGCUGAGAUGGAAGGCAGCCAUCUGCAUGAGUCUCUGUCUAAGUGAUUUUAUCCAAAUAACAAGAAGAGAGUGCGGACAGUUGUCUAUUCCCAAACUUGUAUUUGUGCUGUGAGAUAUGAAGUGCCCCCUAAUCAUUUGCCGAAAUGCAGAUUCUCGGUUUGCCUUCUCAUAGAAGCACGACAGACCUUCCUGAACUGUUGUAAUGAGGUCACACUAUUGCGAUAGAGGAUUACUUUGUUUGCACAACUCAAUUUUACAAACGGAGUGUUCAAACUGUGAAGCAGUGACUCGUUCACACCACAGCGCCACCUGAACACCUGAAAUAAAACGUUUUAAUGAUACCUCCUUUCCAUGCAAGACAUUUUAAUCUUGAAAACGAAAAUACAAAUAUUUCUGAGUGGCAUCACAGAAAAGAAAAGUGACCGGUCCUUAGCAGGUCUCUGCAAAACGGUACAUCUGUCAGCUCAGGCGGCCGCACUUGUCCUCCUCGUGUUUGCUUGCGGAAUGAAAAAAAGUGUGUGUGAUUAAUGUCGCCUCUACGAAUAUUAGUCUGGAGAUUUGUCAGAGCUUAAAUGAAAUUUCUGUUCUUGUCUCUGGAGCCACAGAUGUCAGUGUUGGCCCUCAUCUGAAUGA